AUGAGAGACACCAGAGGACCAGCUGUACAGACACACCAGAGACACCAGAGGACCAGCUGUACAGACACACCAGAGACACCAGAGGACCAGCUGUACAGACACACCAGACACCAGAGGACCAGCUGUACAGACACACCAGACACCAGAGGACCAGCUGUACAGACACACCAGACACCAGAGGACCAGCUGUACAGACACACCAGACACCAGAGGACCAGCUGUACAGACACACCAGAGACACCAGAGGACCAGCUGUACAGACACACCAGACACCAGAGGACCAGCUGUACAGACACACCAGAGGACCAGCUGUACAGACACACCAGAGACACCAGAGGACCAGCUGUACAGACACACCAGAGACACCAGAGGACCAGCUGUACAGACACACCAGACACCAGAGGACCAGCUGUACAGACACACCAGACACCAGAGGACCAGCUGUACAGACACACCAGAGGACCAGCUGUACAGACACACCAGAGGACCAGCUGUACAGACACCAGAGGACCAGCUGUACAGACACACCAGAGGACCAGCUGUACAGACACACCAGAGGACCAGCUGUACAGACACACCAGAGGACCAGCUGUACAGACACACCAGAGGACCAGCUGUACAGACACACCAGACACCAGAGGACCAGCUGUACAGACACACCAGAGGACCAGCUGUACAGACACACCAGAGGACCAGCUGUACAGACACACCAGACACCAGAGGACCAGCUGUACAGACACACCAGAGACACCAGAGGACCAGCUGUACAGACACACCAGACACCAGAGGACCAGCUGUACAGACACACCAGACACCAGAGGACCAGCUGUACAGACACACCAGACACCAGAGGACCAGCUGUACAGACACACCAGAGGACCAGCUGUACAGACACACCAGAGGACCAGCUGUACAGACACACCAGAGGACCAGCUGUACAGACACACGAAUCCCGUCGGAACAGGGCCUUUCUGA